AUGUCGGAAAAGUUUCCACCGAUCCUUCCCCAUCCUUCUGCGGAGACAGCCGAGGAGAACCGAGCCGAAGAGAACGGCCACAAUGUCAAUACCAACACAGAAAUCCCCCACUCAGACGAACCUAGCCUGAAGCCUAGCAUAUCAAAUAUCCAAAGAUGGAGGACAGUAAGCCAGCGGGUACGGACUGGCGCUGCAACGAUAGCCGAGAAGCUCGGACGACCUCCCGAAAGAGAGGCUGAUGGCUUGGAUUCGCCCAUGUUACCAGAGCACUAUGGAGCAACAGACGAUAUCCGAGGAUUCGAGGCCCGGCAGGCAAUCGACGAAGAAGCUCGCCUCCCACAAACAGACUAUGAUUCACAAGCUCGGCACUUGGUGGAACGGAUGGGGGUACAGUCCGGGCCACAGCGUCCACGCAUUGAAGAGCCGCGCUCCGGUUCGACGACCCCAGGAACUCCAGAUGGGAUGGCAACACCCGGCGGGCCACCGGGGGGACUCUUGUCACAAUUGCUCCGUGUAUACGCCAACAAUCUCAGCACUGCGAGCCGGAUGAGUGUUGUCUCGACGGCAUCAGAAACAGACCAGGACACAGAAAGCUUCACACCAUCCGGCACAGUGACACCAAGUGGAAAGAAAGACAAGUUGAAAUGGUACAAUAACGGCCAUCACCCCGGCAAACCAACUCACAGAUAUACUUCCUCCCUCGUCAAUGCAUCCAUGGAUUUGGGCCGGGUCGGGGUUCCUGGAGCCACGGGUCCCCCACCCGUGAAUCCCAAAGAGCAAAAGAAGCAAAAGCGCAAGAGGAAGAAAAACAUCAAGCUCACCGUCCACAUUGCCGCUAUUCUUGCCCGCCAACAGUACAUCAUGCAAAUGUGCCGCGCGCUAAUGAAAUACGGCGCCCCAACCCACCGCCUCGAAGAGUACAUGAUAAUGACCUCCAACGUACUGGACAUCAAAGCCCAGUUCAUGUACAUCCCCGGCUGUAUGAUAAUGUCCUUCGACGACCAGCUAACCCGCACCGCGGAGGUAAAGAUCAUCCGCGUGGUCCAGGGGCUAGACCUCUCCCGUCUCGCAGAGACACACAACAUCUACAAAAACGUCGUCCACGACAUCAUCAGUGUCGAACAAGCAACUCACGACCUAGACGAGAUCAUGCAACGUGAGCCACGCUACAACCGCUGGCUCCUCAUCUUCCUAACUGGCUGCGCCAGCGUCGCCGUCGGCCCAUACGCCUUCAGCGCCCGGCCCGUCGAUCUCCCUAUAAUCUUCGUACUCGGCUGCAUAGUAGGAUUCAUGCAGCACGUCGUCGCGCCAAACUCAGCCACUUACUCAAAUGUGCUAGAAGUCACCGCCGCGGUCCUCACCUCCUUCAUUGCACGCGCUUUCGGCAGCAUCCAGUACAACGGCGAGCGCGUCUUCUGCUUCUCGGCCAUGGCACAGUCCUCCAUCGCAAUGAUCUUGCCGGGUUUCGCCGUGUUAAGCAGCAGUCUUGAGCUACAGUCGCACCAGAUGAACGCGGGCUCAAUCCGACUUGUCUUCACGAUCAUCUACUCGCUCUUCCUCGGGUACGGCGUUACCGUCGGUACGACGAUCUACGGGCUGAUGGACCACAACGCGACGAAGGAGUCGACGUGUUCGAAUCUGCCGGAGGUCUGGGGGAACGAAUAUAUCCAGCACUUUCCCUUCGUCGCACUGUUUUGUCUCUUCGCAGCGCUGAUUAAUCAGUCGAAACCGAAACAGUUGCCGGUUACGAUCUUUAUGGGUGUUUGUGGCUACGUCACGAACUACUUCAGCACGAAGAAGCUCGGCUCAAACCAGGUCGCUAAUACUGUUGGCGCGUUUACAAUCGGCCUUCUGGCUAACUUGUAUAGUCGACUGUGGCAUGGUCAUGCGGCUGCUGCUAUUAUCCCAGGUAUCUUUACCCUCGUCCCGUCGGGUCUUGCGUCUAGUGGGUCGAUUAUCUCUGGCUUGCAGUAUGCUGAGGCUGUUGCGUCUGGCAAUGUCUCUAAUGCUGCUACUAGUGCGACAUCUAAUAGCUCGCUUACCUCACUGGGAUAUGGUAUGAUCCAGACGGCUAUUGGUAUUUCCGUUGGGCUGUUUAUCUCCGCUUUGAUUGUUUACCCGCAUGGGAAAAAGAGGAGUGGAAUCUUCAGUUUGUAG